GCCGUGAGUAGCUUACUGCAAUCAUUGGGCAAGGCGUGCUGUUGCCUGGGUAACCGCUGACGCGUUCGUACUGCAGCUGCGGUAGCGUCUAGAAGUAGAACAGCAGCAGCACCUUCCAGCGGGCCGGAGACUCAAGAGCAGCAGGAUGCUGUCAGUCUUGGACGCUCUGUGGGAGGACCGGGAUGUCCGCUUUGAUAUAUCAUCCCAACAAAUGAAAAUGAGACCUGGAGAGGUGCUUAUAGACUGCUUAGAUUCUAUUGAAGAUACCAAGGGAAACAAUGGCGACAGAGGGCGGCUUUUAGUGACCAAUCUACGAAUAAUUUGGCAUUCAAUAGCACUACCUAGAGUUAAUCUUGCUGUUGGAUACAACUGUAUUAUAAACAUUACUACAAGAACAGCUAACUCAAAAUUACGCGGCCAGACAGAAGCGCUCUACAUACUGACAAAAUGCAACAACACUCGCUUUGAGUUUAUAUUUACAAAUGUGGUACCGGGGAGUCCCCGGCUCUUCACCUCAGUUAUUGCUGUACACAGAGCUUAUGAAACAUCCAAGAUGUAUCGAGAUCUGAAACUAAGAGGCGCACUCAUCCAAAAUAAGCAGCUUAGACUCCUUCCUAAGGAACAAGUUUAUGACAAAAUCAAUGGAGUGUGGAAUUUAUCCAGUGACCAGGGCAAUUUGGGCACGUUCUUCAUAACUAAUGUCAGAAUAGUUUGGCAUGCCAACAUGAAUGACAGUUUUAAUGUCAGCAUUCCUUAUCUACAAAUACGUUCUAUAAAGAUACGAGACUCAAAGUUUGGUUUAGCUCUUGUGAUUGAAAGCUCUCAGCAGAGUGGAGGUUAUGUCCUCGGCUUUAAAAUUGAUCCCGUAGAGAAGCUCCAGGAUUCUGUGAAAGAGAUCAACUCAUUGCAUAGAGUCUACUCUGCAAGCCCUAUAUUCGGAGUAGACUAUGAGAUGGAAGAAAAGCCACAAGCUCUGGAGGAACUAACAGUAGAACAAGUUCAGGAUGAUGUUGAAAUAGAAGCAGAUGACCACACUGAUGCCUUUACGGCUUAUUUUGCUGAUGGAAACAAACAACAAGACCGCGAGCCGGUGUUUUCGGAAGAACUUGGCCUUGCCAUAGAGAAACUAAAAGAUGGCUUUACUCUUCAAGGAUUGUGGGAUGUCAUGGGAUAAGACGUUUCCCAUCAUUGUCAAGAUAACUAAGAAAUUGCUACAAAACAACAUUGCUCAGGUUAUUAUACGUCCUACAGCUGAAAAAAGCAUGGUUAAGAGAGGAUUAUUCCCAGAGUUCUGUGAUAAUUAGUAUGUUAUGUAUUAUUCGGUAACAGCUUAGAACCAAUGUUUAAAUGUUUAAUUACCUAAUAAUUGAAUUAACUUGCUACGCCCAUACGCACUGGCAUUAAAUCAAUGUAACACACGUUGCUCAUGUUUUGGAACAUUUUGGUUUUCUGAAUGCAGCCUACUCCAUGCAGGUGUGAUACAGGAUCCCACUGCCGGCAGUCACAUGACCGACACCGGAAUCUUGACCUUUAGAAUGCCGUUGGGACGCGGUAAUUAUUUUACCCCUCCCCUGCCCCCUACCUUAGCCUUAACCCGCCUGGGGAGGCGUCUGGGGCUAAGAUAGUGAUGGUGGCGGAUAGGGCCAAGACCCCAGGGGGUAGUGGCUAGGACUAAGACUCUGAGGGGCGGCAGCUACAACUAAACAACCUCCCCCCCUCUAUUGACUAACCCUAACACCCCCCCACCCCUUUCCCCCUACCCUCGGGAUGUCAGUAUUCGGUGUUCCGGCACCAGUAUUCCAAAUGGUGUCAGGAUUCCAUUGUCUGUCACAUGACCGCAUCCCCUCCGUGCAGUGCAUGCAACAUCCUACCUCUCUGACUGUCUGUUAUUACCCAGUUUUGUUUUAUCACGGUUUCCAAUUGUAAAGCGCAACGGAAUUUGCUGCGCUGUAUAGGAAACUUUUAGUAAAUAUCAGGACGUCUGUUGACCCCCAAAUGUGAGGAUAACUGCAUGCUAGCAACCGCGUGUCAUACAUUUGCAUUUAACAACUGUUUUAAAUGGCGUUUGAAUUUGUGUUGUUAAAACUCCAGUGGAUAUAAACCCCAACUCCUAUAGCCUCUAUUUAGAGCCACAUGCAGAGCAUUUUACAUGAGACUCACCUAAAAAGAGAACAAUAAAUCAAAUACAGGUUGAGUAUCCCUUAUCAAAAAUUCCACAUUUUUGGUUCCCCUACUGAGAUAAUGACACAUACACAUAUAUAUUUUAUUAUAUACAGUAUAUAAUAGAUCGAUAUAUACGUGUAUGUCAUUUUUAGUUACUUAUCUUUGCUAUGUUUAUAUAUUUAUAAUACAGGUUGAGUAUCCCAUAUCCAAAUAUUCCGAAAUACGGAAUAUUCCGAAUUACGGACUUUUUUGAGUGAGAGUGAGAUAGUGAAACCUUUGUUUUUUGAUGGCUUAAUGUACACAAACUUUGUUUAAUACACAAACUUAUUAAUAAUAUUGUAUUAAAUGACUUUCAGGCUGUGUAUAUAAGGUGUAUAUGAAACAUAAAUGAAAUGUGUGAAUGUACACACACUUUGUUUAAUGCACAAAGUUAUAAAAAAUAUUGGCUAAAAUUACCUUCAGGCUGUGUGUAUAAGGUGUAUAUGUAACAUAAAUGCAUUCUGUGCUUACAUUUAGGUCCCAUCAUCAUAAGAUCUCAUUAUGGUAUGCAAUUAUUCCAAAAUACGGAAAAAAUCCGAUAUCCAAAAUUCCUCUGGUCCCAAGCAUUUUGGAUAAGGGAGACUCAACCUGUACUGUUAUUUAUAUAUUUAUAAACAUUACAUAUGUAGAUCUCAAAUGGCAUUUUAUAGGCAGCACAUGAGUUAUGAGUUUGUGCAAGGACAUGCAAAAUACGUCAGUUUUUGUUUUCCGUUCCUGUGGAGUUAAAAAAAAAAGGAUUAUUUAAAAUGUAAGCAUACUUCUGUUAAAUAUUUGUUUAUUCCUUGAAAAAUAAACUA